GAUUUUCUAAAUAUUUCGCAUUUAUUUUAUGAUAAUCAAAUUGAAUGGCCAGAAAAUCGACGAGCUGCAAAUGUGAGAGAAAGGAAACGGAUGUGCAGUAUUAAUAUUGCAUUUGCGAAAUUGCGAAGAUGUAUUCCAACAUUUCCGUAUGAAAAACGCUUAUCGAAAAUAGACACUUUAAAUUUAGCAAUUGCUUAUAUAUCAUUGUUAAAAGACAUAUUGGAAGCUCGUAACGAAGAUAUUCAUAGUUAUCUGACGAGAUGCAUAUUUUUGGCACGUAAAGGUGAUAAAAAUGCUCCACUUUGGAGUACAAGCGAUUUAUUGGCUCGACUCAGUUGGAUAAACUGGAAUCGACUAGCAAUUAAGCCAAUCUUUUAUUAA